ACAGAGAGCUGGGCAUCGGCUGGGUUCCGAAGCGGGAGGCCUGACCGAGCUGGGCCGGGACCCGGGGCUAUGGCUCGGACAAGUCCCAGGGGCUGCUCCCGCGAAGGGAAGGGCGCGUAACCCGGGGCUGCGGGGCUGGGAGGAUCGUCGGCUGCGCUGCGGUCGAGAUGGGCUGGGUGCGCGGAGGGACGCACGGAGGGACGCGGCAUCGGGACCGAGGGGGUGCCCCCGGGAGGACCCUCGCUCAGGGGCAGGCUCGGGGUUUUAAAACGACGCACGGAGUUGGCCGAGCAGGACAGGCCGACAGCGGAGAAACAAGAUGACCCCCUCUGACCCCUUCCUUCCAAGGCGGGCCGCAGGGAGCAGGAGCCUGGUGUGGGCAGAGUUCAGAUGAGUUGGAUGGCGCUCUGGAAGGGCCGCAGGCAGCCCCAAAGCCUGGCGAUGGCACCAAAGGCCAAGAAGGGAUUGAGAGGCUCCAUUGAUGACGUCCUUGAGGACCUCCUGGGGGAUGAGACGACACUACCUGAGAAGCCUGUGAAAAUGGCACCACGUGCCAGAGAUAAGACAGGCGUCGCCCAGGCGCUCCCUUCCGCAAGGGCGAGGACAGAGUUCCUCCUGGAACAGGACGCCUUCGGCACCAUGGCCGACCCGACGGGAGCUGAGGCCGAGGACUCCGACGUCUCAGAUGCAGACCCGCUGGCUUUGCUCCAGGCCAUGAAGGAUCUGGACGAGAUGGAUGCUGACCUCUUGGGUCUGAAGACAUCUCCUCGAGCCCCUCACAACGGCGCCGCCAAGGGUUCUGGGAAGGAAGAGCUGCCUAGCAGCCCCCAGCCCGCCGCUCCGCUGGCUGCCCAUGAGCGAGGGGAUAUCAUUCCCACCAAGAAGCCCUCCCCCUCUCCCAGCAGCUUUGGACAUCAAUACAAGAAGUUUUCUUUCGAAGACUUGGAAGACCCGUUGGCAGGACUUCUCUCCGACGAUGAGGAAGGAACCACCAAGAAGCUGCCUGGGACAGAGGGCAAAGCGGUUUCUGAAAAGAGCCCAGUCCCGACCAGAGACCAAGGUCCCUCCAUUCCCCUCACUCCUGGGGACACCCCCGUCCGGAAGAAAGAAGAGCUGCUCUUUGACGAUGAGGACGACCUCAUGGCCGCCCUGGGGUUUGGAGACAGCCCCAGAGCAGAGAGGAGGCAGCCAGGAGACCAGGAAGGGCCCCGCCCUGCUCGCUCCACGCUGGAUGAGCUGCUGGGUCGAGGCGCGGCCACCACACACCUGGCUCGUCUGGGCACCGGGGAGCCCCUGGAGCUCAAGCUGGACGGGAAGUGCCAGAGGCCAGAGGACAUAGAAGACACCUGGGCCAACGGGGACUUCACCUUUGGGGCCUAUCAGCCCACCGUGGGCUCCUCCGAGGGCCGGCAGUCCCGCCGGCAGCCAGGCAGGUUCUUUGCAGAAGAUGGCAUAGACCGCAAGGGGGAACCAGGCUCCAAGCAGGCCGCCCCAGCAACAACCAGCCCCACCGCCCCCAGGAAGGGAGGGGCUGACUGGUUGGGCCUCAAGGAUGAAGAUGAGGACCUACUCCCUCCCUCUCCCACCAGAGAGCCUCGCAGGAGAGGCUCCGCACUCCCCACACCCUCCAUGCCCCAUCCCGAGAGACAGCCUUCUGCCCCAGGCCCACGCUCUGCCCCAGCUGGGCUGCCCCUCUCCUCCUCCGGGGCACAGCCACCACCCGAGGGUGCAGAUCCCCCUGCCAAAGCCAGCCGGCCCUCCCAGCCGGAAGUGUCUGCGGAGAAAGAGGAGGACUGGCUGAGCCAUGCCUUGUCGCUGAAGAAGGCCAGAGACCUGGCCAGAGAAGAGCGUGCUGCGGCCUCUAAGGGCCAGAUCUCGGUGGGGGCAGCGGGCCGACCCCCUUCCAGCAGGGGUUCGGACUUAGGAGAAUUCCUCGGCCAACCUGUUGCGAGCCCGCGAGGGCUCGAGCCAGCAGUUGCUGGAGGGACCACAGGACCAGCAGCACUAAAGCCGCCUGGCCAGCCUGCUGCCUCGGGGGCCCCCGUGACUUGGAACCCAGCCGUCUUGGCCCUCUAUGCAGGCGACUCAAAGAAGGACACAGUCCCUGGAGACCUCUCCGGCACUGAGCCUGCAGUGCGUUUCCCGAGCUCCCAGGAUCCCACAGGGCUUGCUGUGCCCGUCCAGUCCCUGCUGCCGGGCACAGGAUACCAGCAGCAGCUCCUGGCCGCGCAGGUGCAGCUUCAGAGUGGCACCGCCCAGCUCCAGGCUGAGCUUCUGCAGAGCCAGGCGCGGCUGGCAGAGCGGGAGGCCCAGGUCCGGAAGCUGGAGCUGGAGCGGGCCCAGCACAAGCUGCUGCUGGAGACUUUGCAGCAGCGACACCAGACCGACCUGGAGCUCAUCGAGAAUGCUCACAGAAGCCGCAUCAAGGUGCUAGAAACUUCCUACCAGCAACGGGAAGAGCGACUGCGGAGAGAGAAUGAGGAGCUGUCCGCCCAGUACCUGUCGCACUGCCAGGCGGCCGAGCAGGCCCGGGCCGAGCUCACCACCCAGCACCAGCGGCGCUUGGCGGCCGCCGAGCAGGAGAAGGACCAGGAGGUGGAGCGGCUGCGGCAGCUGCAGCGGGCCUCCGUCCUGGAGAUGCGCAAGGACCACGAGGAGCAGCUGCAGCGGCUGAAGCUGCUGAAGGACCGAGAGAUCGAGGCCGUCACCAGCGCCACCUCCCAUACGCGGUCCCUGAAUGGCGUCAUCGAGCAGAUGGGGCAGUUCUCCAGCAGCCUGAACGAGCUGUCCUCCCGCGUGGAGGCCUCGCACCUCACCACCGCCCAGGAGCGGGAGCUGGGCCUCCGGCAGCAGGACCAGCAGCUCCGAGGUACCGCCUGGCCUGCCUCCGCCCCUCCCAUCUCAAUGGGAAGGUGGGCGGACACUGAUGUCCUGUGGCUGCCCAGCGCUGCAGGAGAGGCUGGGCCUGCAGCAGCGGGACAUGGAGGAGGAGCGCGGCCGGCUCCAGCAGGUCAUCGGGAAGAUGGAAGCCCGCCUGAGCGAGCAGAGCCGGCUGCUGGAGCAGGAACGCUGGCGGGCGAGUGCCGAGCAGUCCAAGGCCGAGUCCACGCAGCGCGCCCUGGAGGAGCAGAGGAAGGUCCUGGCCCAGCAGACGGCCAUGGAGCGGGAGGAGCUGGAGAGGGCCAAGGUGAGUCCAGCCACACCGUCUCCAGCGGCCAUCCCUGCCGUGAUGCCGAGGACACCCACCCGACCUGUGCACCCUCGUCCCAGAGCGCCUUGCUGGAGGAGCAGAAGUCCGUCAUGCACAAGUGUGGGGAGGAGCGGCGGCGCCUGGCGGCCGAGUGGGCCGAGUUCUUCACACAGCAGAAGCUGAGUAAAGAGCGGGCCGAGCGAGAGGUGGAGUGGGCGCUGCAGGUGGACGCCCAGCGGGAGGGCACCCUCAUCAGCCUGGCCAAGGAGCAGGCAGAGCUGAAGAUCCGGGCCAGUGAGCUCCGGAACAAGGAGGACCGGCUGGCGGCCGAACGGGAGGCUCUGGAGCGGGACCGGGAAGAACUGCGGCGGGAGAAGGAGCGGGUCAGCGCCGCCGCCCUGCGCGUCAGGCUCCGCUCCGAGGAGAUGGACAAGAUGAGCCAGGUGGCCUCGGAGAAGUACCAGGAGGGGGAGCGGGCAUUGCGGGAGGCCCGGCAGGUGCAGUCAGAGCACCAGGCCCGGCUACAGCUGGUGCAGCAGCAGCUGGAGCGGCUGCAGCAACAGGAGCAGCACAUGCACCAGGAGCGUCUGAGUCUGGCCCAGCAGAGGCUGCAGCUGAACCAUGUCCGGCAGGACCUGCCCUCUGGUCCCGUGGCGCCACUCGCCCAGGCCCAGGGCCUGGCAGCCUCCGGCCCGAGUGCCAUCAUGGCUCCUGCUCCCGCCAAUCCUCAGGGCAUCCAGCCAUCAGCCACCCCGGGCCCCUCGCUUCGCCACACCAAGCUGGUGCUGCUGCAACACACGGCUGAGGAGGACCAAGACUUCUUGGAGAAUGAGCAGUUCUUCCUGGAGACCCUGAAGAAAGCCUCCUAUAAUAUGACAUCCCACUCAGCCUAAAGGGCCCUGCUGCCUCCUCAACAGAAGACUUGGACCCUGGCACUCUGUCCUAGCGCCCCCUGGCUGCCAGCUCCAGGGAGGGGGUGCCCAGGGAAGGCUCUGAGAUGCCCAGGGCCUGAUAACAACUCUUCAAGUAGACAGGGUACAAGGGCAUUCCCACCACGCCAGCUGCAGCUUGAGGCAGGCAGGUGCCCCCAGGCCCCGGGUUUGGCAAUGUCUCUGCCCCCAGACACUGUCAGCUUCAGCUUUGGUUCUCUGGGCCCCUCCCCUUGUCGGUAGGCAGGUGGUUGAGGGAUCUUUUCACCUGGGCCUCUUCUGAGGCAGGGGGUCUUCUCCAGGGAUGCCCCAAGCAGCCUCCUGCCCUCCCACCUGAGGCCAGCAGAGACAGCACAGGGCCCCCUCCCUGAUGGGGACGUGGAGGCGGACCACGUGUUUUGAAGGGCCUCUGUCCUCUUGACCAGGGGUGGGGGUGCAGGGGCAGGAGAGGGUGGGAAUCGCAAUUACUUGUGAAUUACUUGGAAGGAACAUGUCCUGGUGAGCACGAAGGCAGAGGCGGCGAGCUGAGUGGGCCCUGAGCAGGCAGUUUGUGUGUCUGUCGCAGAACAGCUUUCAGGGGGAACUUGUUUACCCACAAUCUACAGCCUUCAUCUUGGACACAUUAAAUUGCUAUAUGUUUUUU